AUGAGUUCCGAUAACAAAUCCCAUACUCUCAACGAGAAAUAUGCCACUGACAAUGGAGCCCAUGAGCCGGGUAGCCUCGCGGCUCAUGUCAGGGGUCGACAAUUCAGCGUCGACCCAGAAGAUCAGACUAUGGUGCAGGGCGACCAGUACGCGCUGCACCGUGAUCUCAAGGGCCGACACAUGCAAAUGAUCGCCAUUGGUGGUGCUAUUGGUGCCGGUCUCUUCAUUGGUUCUGGUGGUGCCUUUCAGACUGGUGGACCUGCUUCUGUACUUCUCGGUUUCAUGAUCAUCGGUUUCAUGGUCUACCUUAUGAUGCAAGCUCUUGCCGAGAUGUCCGUUAUGUAUCCGAUCAACGGCGCUUUCACAAUGUACAUCUGCCGCUUCGUUGAUCCCUCAUUUGGGUUUGCGUGCGGCUGGGAGUACGCCAUCAAGGGUAUCAACAACAGCGCUUGGAUCGUUCCAUUGCUCGUGGCCUUGGUUGCUAUCCAAUUCUUUGGCGUGAGGGGAUAUGGCGAGGUCGAAUUUGCCCUCAGUAUUCUCAAGAUCAUUGCUUGCAUAGGGUUUAUGAUUCUUGGAAUAAUAAUCGACUGCGGCGGUGUCCCAACAGAUGACAGAGGCUACAUUGGUGCAAGAUACUGGCAUCACCCUUAUGAGGCAUUUCUCAAUGGCUUCCAUGGCUUCUGCAGUGUCUUUGUCACCGCAGCUUUCGCCUACACUGGCACUGAGCUAACUGGACUGGCUGCUGCGGAAACGGCCAACCCCAAAAAGGAGAUUCCACGGGCCUCCAAACAGGUUGUGUGGCGAAUCUUCAUCUUCUACAUCGUCAACCUCUUCCUCGUUGGUUUGAUCGUACCGGAGAACAGCCCCUUGUAUAGUGGUGAAGGCUCCACUUCGCGACAUUCGCCUUUUGUCAUUGCAAUUCAGCUGGCUGGCAUCAAAGUCCUCCCGUCCAUCUUCAACGCUGUCAUCUUGAUUGCAGUCAUGAGCGUUGCCAACUCUUGCACGUUCGGCUCGACUCGAACAAUUCAGGCACUUGCUGCUAAUGGAAUGGGACCGAAGAUUCUGGCCUACGUGGACAAGAAGGGCCGACCCGUGGCCGUUGUCAUUCUGCAGCUACUCUUCGGCUGUCUGGCAUUCAUUAAUCUGGCAGACAACGGCGGCACCAUCUUCAAUUGGCUUCUGUCAUUGUCGGGUUUGUCAAUUCUCUUCAUCUACGGCGGUAUUGCCCUGGCUCAUAUUCGCUUCCGUGCGGCAUGGAAAGCACAGGGACAUUCCUUGGACGAACUGCCAUUCCGAGCCGCCUUCGGAGUCUGGGGUUCGUGGGUGUGCUUGUUCAUCAACGUUAUCAGCCUUAUUGCCCAGUUUUAUGUUGCGCUCUAUCCCAUCGGUGGUCCUUACCUGGACGCCGACACUUUUUUCCAGCUCUACCUCGCCGGCCCUCUACUCAUCUUUUUGUACCUGUGCUGGAAGGUGUAUAGCUGGUUUGCCCGACCACAAGACCGUCCAUUGUUCAUCAGAGCGAAGGACAUUGAUAUCUACACGGGUAUGCGCGACACUCAAGUCGAUAUCAGUGGUCCAAAUGUCCCAGAUGAACAGAGACGCGCCAGCAUCAUGGAGCUGCAAGAGGAAAAGAAGAAGAGAGGUGUCAAGGACUGGGUUUUGGCUUUCCUCAGGAACAUCUUCUAA